UUUCUCCGUGUUGAUCUCGCGUUUUGUCGCAGACCGAAACGAAAGUUCAAAGCUUUGCAGACGCAGAUUUUUCUAUAAAGAAGAUUUAGGGUGUAAACGCGAAACUUUUUUCCUAGGGCUUUGUUUUCAUCGUUCUCGGAUUCUUCAAAAGAAAUCGGUUUCUACUUUCAAAUCUUCUGUUCUAGAUUCUUGUUUCGUCUUCCCUCUUGCGUUUUUUUUUGUGUCUAUCGUUCUCGUUUGUUCUUCUGAGAUCUUUGAUCGAGCGUUUGGAUCGUUGACUCGGCGGCGGCUCCCGAUUUGGGUUCGGCGGAUUUCCACCUUUUUCGGGUGAAAAUUAUCUGGGUUAGGAUUUUUUUUGAGUGUUCGUGGGAUUAGGAUUCUGAAAGGGAAGAUUUUGUUGGGCAUUUGGUUAUGAUGUUGACUCAAACUGUUGGGGUCUGAAGUACUAUGGAACUGGUUCUUACACGACAAGAAGAACAUCAACAAAGGAGAAGGAGAAGAUGACGCUUUACAUUGGUCGGGAAGCUUCCAAGUUAUGGAAGAGAAUUUGUUCAGAGAUAACUACGGAGGUCGGUCUUCUCGCUGAGAACUGGAGAUACCUUCUUGCCGGUCUCGUCUUUCAGUAUAUACAUGGGUUAGCUGCGAGGGGAGUUCAUUACCUUCAUCGCCCUGGACCGACCCUUCAGGAUCUCGGCUUUUUCCUUCUUCCCGAACUUGGUCAAGAUAAAGGCUACAUAAGUGAAUCCUUAUUCACCUGUGUAUUUGUAUCGUUUGUCCUGUGGACAUUCCAUCCGUUCAUCCUGAAAAGCAAAAAGAUAUACACGGUGUUAAUAUGGUGCCGGGUUUUAGCAUUCUUAGUUGCCUGUCAGAUUCUUCGUAUCAUAACGUUCUAUUCGACUCAGCUUCCUGGGCCUAACUAUCACUGUCGGGAGGGCUCUAAGCUUGCCAGGUUGCCACGGCCACAGAGUGCUCUUGAGGUGCUCCUAAUUAACUUUCCCCGAGGUGUAAUGUAUGGUUGCGGAGACCUGAUUUUCUCGUCCCACAUGAUUUUCACGCUGGUCUUUGUCCUCACUUACCAGAAAUACGGCUCUAAAAGGUUCAUAAAGAUGGUCGGAUGGCUCAUUGCCGUGGUGCAAAGCUUCCUGAUUAUCGCUUCCCGUAAACAUUACACUGUAGAUGUCGUAGUUGCAUGGUAUACCGUGAACUUGGUGGUGUUCUUCCUAGACAAGAAAUUACCAGAACUACCGGACCGGACGACAUUGCUGCUUCCUGUGAUGUCCAAAGACAGAACCAAAGAAGAGAACCACAAACUCUUGAACGGAAAUGGCACUGACCCUGCAGAUUGGAGGCCAAGAACUCAGGUGAACGGCAAGAAUUAUGAAGACAGCAAUGGAGUUCACACCGACAAUGGCAUGAACGGCGCUUGAACUCUUUUAGUGAUCGAUCGGUUCGUCUCUGAUUUCUGGAAAUUUGGAAUUUUGCUUUUGUGUGGGUAAAUUUUGUUUUUUUUUUCUGGUUAUUGUUCCAUGGAAGAACGAGAAAAUGCAAAAAUACAAAAAAAAAAAAUGGGAAGAGUGGGCUAUAUAUAUAUAUGCACAUUGUAUAUUUCCAAGUUUCUUGCCCCUUAAGUAAUCGCCUUUCCUCACACCAA